CUAACUUCCUACCUUUCCCUAGUUUCGCCUAUAAAUAUUGCCAUGCUUCGCUAUGAUUUUAUAGGAAACUUGGUUGUCUGAAAAAACCAUGGCAUUUUUUGUGUCCUCAAUCAAGAACCUGCUGUACUGUUUCAUCCAUGAAGACUUCCAUGAAGCUGUCUCUAAGAUGACUAUAAUCGAUUCUUUUCUCUUCCUCAUUGUCCAUUUGGUUGAUAAGUUGGGCAUAUGGCAUCGGUUACCAGUAUUCUUAGGUCUAUUUUAUCUGGCAAUUCGUCGCCAUCUUCACCAGGAGUACAAUUUGUUCAACGUUGGUAAAUCUCCCUCCGGUGUGCGUUUUAAUCCAGGGGAUUAUCCUUACAGAACAGCUGACGGAAGAUAUAAUGAACCAUUCAAUGAAGCAGCAGGCAGCCAAGGAAGCUUCUUUGGCAGGAACAUUCUGCCUGUUGAUCAAAAAGAUAAGUUAAUGAAGCCAGAUCCAAUGGUUGUUGCCACAAAACUUUUGGCACGAAGACAAUACAAAGACACUGGCAAGCAAUUCAACAUGAUAGCGGCCUCUUGGAUCCAGUUUAUGAUCCAUGAUUGGGUCGACCAUCUGGAGGACACCAACCAGAUUGAGUUGGUUGCUCCUAAAGCAGUUGCUGGUAAAUGUCCCCUCAGUUCUUUCAAAUUUUACGAGACAAAGCGGUUUCCAACUGGUUCCUAUGAGAUCAAAACUGGCACUAAAAACAUCCGUACACCUUGGUGGGAUGGAAGUGCUAUAUAUGGUAGCAAUGCGGAAAGGUUACAAAAGGUAAGGACUUUCAAAGAUGGAAAGUUAAAGAUCUCAGAGUCUGGGCUACUUGUACAUGAUGAGGAUGGGAUCCCCAUAGCAGGAGAUGUUCGGAACAACUGGGCUGGUGUCUCUACAUUGCAGGCCCUAUUCAUUAAAGAGCACAAUGCAGUCUGCGAUGCCCUCAAGAAGGAAUAUCCCGACUUAAAUGAUGAAGAAUUAUACCGUCAUGCAAGGCUGGUGACUUCUGCUGUGAUUGCAAAGAUCCAUACUAUUGACUGGACUGUGGAGCUUCUGAAAACUGAUAUGUUGCUUGCAGGAAUGCGUGCUAACUGGUAUGGCCUACUGGGAAAGAAAUUCAAAGACACAUUUGGGCAUGUUGGGAACGCCACGUUGGGAGGUUUGGUUGGUCAAAGAAAGCCUGUUAAUCAUGGUGUUCCUUACUCUUUGACUGAGGAGUUUGUCAGCGUCUAUCGAAUGCACCCGAUUCUACCAGAUUCUCUUCAUCUAAGGAACAUCAACGUCCCACCAGGGCCCAAUAAAUCUCCACCUUUGCUUGAGAAGGUUCCCAUGCCAGAUUUGGUAGGCCAUAAAGGAGAAAAGACUUUAUCACAAAUUGGAUUCACCAGGCUAAUAGUUUCAAUGGGCCAUCAGGCUUGCGGUGCACUAGAGCUUUGGAACUAUCCUUCCUGGCUUCGAGACCUUGUACCGCAAGAUGUUGACGGUAAAGACAGGCCUGACCAUGUGGACUUGGCAUCUCUUGAAAUUUAUAGGGACAGGGAGAGAAAAGUGGCAAGGUAUAACCAAUUCCGCAGGGCUCUGCUAUUGAUACCAAUCAAUAGAUGGGAAGAUCUGACAGAUGAUAAAGAGGCCAUUGAAACUCUUAAGGAGGUUUAUGGUGAUGAUGUUGAAGCGCUGGACUUGACGGUGGGCCUCAUGGCAGAGAAGAAGAUCGAGGGUUUUGCCAUCAGUGAGACAGCUUUCAUCAUAUUUCUACAGAUGGCAACCAGGAGGCUUGAAGCAGAUAGGUUUUUCACAAGCAAUUUCAACGAGGAGACAUACACAAAGAAGGGAUUUGAAUGGGUGAACUCUACAGAGAGCUUGAAAGAUGUGCUAGAGCGUCAUUACCCAGGUCUUACAAAGAAAUGGAUCUACUCCAGCUCCACCAGUGCUUUCUCUGUCUGGGACUCACCUCCCAGUGCUCAGAGUUGCAUCCCUCUCUAUCUUCGCCUUCCCUCUUGAAGCUUAGCAGCUACAAAACGAAGACUCACCCUGUAAUUCGUAUUGUAGUUAUUCCAUUAGUGUUUUAAUGUAAGACAUCAACUUCUCCAUGCUGUGUAAUCUACAAUAACAUUGUUUAUUUCCUCUUGUAUUGCUGUGUAUCAAUAAAAUUCCAAUGGGUCUUGUACAAAACAAGGGUGGAUUUGAUCUUUAUACA